CCCAUACACUGCUGUGGACAGACAUAGAAGCCCAUUGAUUGAAACAAGACGGGCGUUUUUGCGGUUAAGCGUCUCUUGUCGAACAAUUAACUCGCGACAAGCUAAGUACCCGUCCGCCGCUCGAUAGCGCGCUUAUCACCAGCAACCGGCCUAUCCCUCAAUCAAGAAACCGAGGGAGAGGGAAAUCGAUGGCCGCGCCGGAUCCGCCGCCGCGGCCCGGGAAGCCCCCGCUGCCAUGGCGCGCGCGGCUGCUCGUGGGUGCCGCCUCCGCCCUGCACGCGGCCUCGCUCCGCGGCGACGGCACCGUGAACCGGUUCCUUCUCUCCAUCUUCGACCGCCAUGCGCCGCCCACCCCGGCCCCCGUCGCCGGCGUGGCAUCCACGGACCACGCCGUCUCCGACCACCUGCGCGUUCGCCUCUUCACCCCCACGACUACCGCAGGAGAUGACGACGGCAAGCAGCGCCCGGUCCCCGUGGUCGUGUACUUCCACGGCGGCGGCUUCGUGUUCCACUCCGCGGCGACGGCGCAGUACGACGAGCUGUGCCGCCGCCUCGCCUCGGGCAUCCCAGCCGUCAUCGCCUCCGUCGACUACCGCCUCGCGCCGGAGCACCGUUUCCUGGCGCCCUACGACGACGGCGAGGCGGCCCUCCGGUGGGUCCUCGCCGGCGCGGGCGGCGCGCUCCCGUCUCCCCCCGCGGCCGUCUUCGUGGCCGGGGACAGCGCCGGCGGCAACGUCGCCCACCACGUCGCCGCGCGCCUCCCGGCACGCGUCGCGGGCCUCGUGGCCCUGCAGCCGUUCUUCGGCGGCGAGGCGCCGACGGAGUCCGAGCUGCGGCUCCGCGACGCGCCGUUCGGGGCGCCCGGGCGGCUGGCGUGGCUGUGGCGCGCGUUCCUUCCCCCCGGCGCGACGCGGGACCACGAGGCCGCCAACGUGCCGGGCGCCAUCCGGCGCGACGCCGACGCGGGGGACGGGCGGUGGCAAGCGUUCCCGCCGGCCGUGGUGUGCGUCGGCGGGUGGGACGCGCACCAGGACAGGCAGCGAGCGUACGCGGGCGCGCUGCGCGCCGCGGGCGCCGAGGAGGUCGCCGUGGCGGAGUACCCGGACGCCAUCCACGCCUUCUACCUGCUCGGGGAGCUCGCGGACAGCAGGAAGCUGGUGGGCGACGUCGCGGAGUUCGUGAACCGGCGCGCGGAGCAGCUGGAGAAACGCGCGCUAGAUCAAGCGAGAGACUAGCGCUGUCAUCCUCGCGGCAGAGUACCGGGACGCGCAUCCACGUGAUCACUAUUCACUAGGGGAAAAAUCGGGAAAUCACGUGAAGGAGCAAUUAUUGAAAAUAGUGUACCCUGCGGUAGUCAAGUACUGUAGCGGCGUAGCAUUCGAAUUGCAUUUAUCGGGCCAACUUGGCCUGCAAACCCUGCAGUAGAGUUGCAGGGCGUUUUUCUUUUCGAAAAUGUAAAAAUAAUGACAAAGAGAGGCGUUUGGAUGCGGGCCCAAGCGAAUGAAGGCCCACGACUCGCA